AUGGCAAUCGGUGACAUGUACACUGAUCAUCAGGGCACUGAUGAUCAGUGCCCUGAUGAUCAGUGUAGCCCCAUCAGUGCCACCUGUCAAUGCCCAUCAGUGCCACAUCAAUGCCACAUAUCAGUGCCCAUCUGAGCUGUCUACCAGUGCCAGUCAGCGCCACCUAUCAGUGCCAAUCAGUGCCACAUAUCAGUGCCACAUAUCAGUGCUACCAAUCAGUGCCACCUAUCAGUGCCAGUCAGUGUCACCUAUCAGUGCGCAUCAGUGCCGCCUAUCAGUGCCGCCUAACAGUUCCAAUCAGUUCUGCCUAUCAGUGCCAGUCAGUGCCUAUCAGUGCCAGUCAGUG